UAUAGCGUAGUUUUUAUCUGCCUCGAGUCGCAGCUGCACCGUCUCCUGGCUGAUCAAGGCGUUUCUGCACCGGCUCGUCCUUUUAGAAUGGAGACUCUGUGUACAGAGAAAACACCUGAACCAGGUGCAUUCCUGGAUAUUCUGGAGGAGAGGAGAAGGACCAGUGACCUAAGCCAUGCCCUAAGAACCUUUUCUCCCCAGCCUUAUAAAGGACAUCCACCUAUCACAGCUAGUGCUCUAAACCAAGCAGUACUGGACUCGCAGCACUUGCACUAUAUUGUAGAGGAGAUUGCCACAGAAAGUGGAGAACCUGUGGAGGUCAUCAGAGAGAAGGCUUCUGGAAUACUCAAUGAGAUGUCACACAAUCUGCAGCUCAGCUCUAUUCGACUGUUAGGAUACACACUCAGCAAGGUGUUCAAAAGAGCCUUCCAUACAGUCCUGGUGAAUGAGGAUGGCCUGAACCAGCUUCGACAGGCCAUUCAGGAGCACCCAGUCAUCUUGUUGCCCAAUCAUAGGAGCUAUAUGGACUUCCUGGUUCUUUCUUACAUCAUGUUCACCUAUGACCUCUCCAUGCCUGUCAUUGCUGCAGGAAUUGCUCUCAUGGACAUGAUGUUCUUUGCUCCAUUACUGCGGCGUUCUGGAGCAUUUUUUAUCCGUCGGGCAAUCAGGGCAGAUAAGCUCUACUGGGCAGUGCUGUCAGAGUAUGUCAGAACCAUUGUGAGGACUGGUUAUGCCCCUGUGGAGUUCUACAUUGAAGGAUAUCGGAGUCGAACACUGAAGUCUCUGAAUCCCAAAUUAGGUAUGAUUCACAUGGUUCUGGAGCCUUUUUUUAAUGGUGAGGUGGAUGACAUCAGCCUGGUGCCAAUCAGCAUCAGUUAUGAUCGGGUAAUUGAAGAGUCUCUACUGGCCCAUGAACUGCUGGGAUUUCCCAAACCAAAAGAGUCCACUAUGAGUCUCCUAAAAGCUUGGAAUGUUCUGGCAAAUGAUAACGGCUCCAUGCAUGUGUGUUUUGGUCAGCCCAUCUCUGUCAGAGAGCUUGCCAAGGGGAGGAUCAACUUUUCGCAGCAUAACCAAGUACCCAGGGAAAUGCCUCAGAAUCCCAGUGAGGAGACUCAGGAGUUUGUGAGCGUCAUGGGCCAUGGAGUGGUGCGUCUGCAGGAGAGAGGCAUGGUCAUCAGCCCCUGGAGCCUCAUGGCCACCAUCCUGCUCCAGAGCCCUGAGGGCCUAGGCUUGGACACCCUCACCCAGCGCACCACCUGGCUGCGGGAUAUCGUUCUGAAGUUUGGGACCCAUCUGGACUGGCCUGCACAGGUUUCUGAUGAGGAAGUGAUAUCAUCCAACAUAUCCCGCCACCGGUCGAUGGUUUGUUGUGAGGGGGGGCGAGUGCUUCUGAUAGAGGAGCAGGGUCCUGAUGGGGAGGAAUCCAUCACUCCAGAGACUGCCGUGUUCAGGCGUGCGUCCAUCGUGCUCAUGUGCGUCUCCUACAGGAACCAGGCCCUGCACAUCUUUGUGCGGCCUGCCCUGGUUGCUCUCGCUAUAGCAACCACUUCCAGCACCAAAAAGGAGGAUGUCUUCACACACUUCAAAUUUCUACAGGAGCUUUUCUCCAAUGAGUUUGUCUUUGUGCCUGGAAUGGUUACUGAGGACUUUAAGGAGGGUUGUUCACUGCUGGUGAAGUGUGGCGUACUUCAGGCUUCAGAUCAAGAGCUUGUUGUGAUAGAACAUGGUACAGACACAGCUUCCUUUCUUAGGGCCAUCCUCCAGCCAUUCUUAGAAACAUAUCAGGUGGUUUUCCGUCAUAUGACUGAGGAUGGUGUUGUGGUAUUUGCCGAGAAACAGUACAUACCUGCGGUCCGUUCUUACUGUCUGAAACUCAUCCUUGCUGGUGAACUCCAGACGUAUGAGGCUUUGUCCUCGGACAUGCAAAAGAAUGUCCUCUACACACUGGUGAGGAUGACCGCUGUAACUAAAACAAAAGUAGGUGACCAGAACGAGUUUAGAGUCGACAAAGCUGCCAUCCAGAGAAUUGCAGACAUUUUGGGAUCCAUUGGGAGCCAUGUGGUGUAAUCAUGUGCCCUUAUCAUUAUUUUCUGUACUUUUUCAGUGUUUAUUACUUUAUUCCAAAUUUUACAUGUUUACAUGGAUGGUGUGGGUCAUGCAGUUGACACUUGGCUCACUUACCGAUUUUACACUUCGCAUUUUGAACUUAGGGCCCUCUGUGUAUUCUGUACUGUUUAUCAAAUGUAUAUGCCAAAUAUACAAAUAUAUGUAUAGUCAUUCUCUUAGAGUAAUGAAAGGUGCAGGGAGAGGAUUUAGGCUUAAUCAAACUAUCUGAUGAUGAUAUUUGUUGUUUAUAACCACUCUCACCUAAAUGUGUCAGGACAAAGGAGUUAAGAAUGAAACUGUUCUUCCCUUUUG